AUGGGCAAAUUUACUGGUGCAUUUUAUCAUUUGAAUAAAUUAGUUGAUUUAUAUUUAAAGCCGAACGCAUCUAUUCAUAUUAAUAAUUUUAAUCGUAAGCUGGCUUGUGCUUACAAUAAUAAAGGUCUUGUCCAUAAACAGCUUGACGAGUUCGAUGAUGCUCUGAAGUACAUGAAUAAAAGUCUUGAUUUACGCCAUGAUGAUGCAACUUUACCUGAAAAACAACGAAAACGUUUAGCAAUCGAACAUUCAUACUGUCAUGAAAAUCUUGAUCUUCUUUACAAAGACCAGUAUAAUUAUCAGCUAGCUAUAUACCAUUUACAAGAGACACUUGAUAUUCGAAAGAAAAAUUUACCAUCGAAUCAUCACAUGGUUGCUCAAGUAAUACAAGAAGACGAAAUGUUAGAUGCAAAUGAUAUUUUGUUUGAAGAAGAUGGUAUCGAUACAGAUCGUAUUGUUGCGGAUAAACUUCGCUUAGCAGAUGAACUUUUAUGUGUAAUUUGUAAAAAUCUUCUUUGGAAAGCAAGAUCAUGUGCUUCUUGUCAACAGUUAUUUUGUAACAAAUGUAUUCAAACAUGGCUUACCAUCAAUCCAACUUCAUGUCCGUUUCGUUGUUCUCCUUAUGAAGAAAAACGUGCUCCACCAUCUAUUUGUUCUCUUUUAAGUCGUUUGACCAUUCGUUGUCGUAAUAGUUCAUUAGGUUGUAAAAACAUCUUAUCGUAUGACUUAUUAGAAAAACAUGAAACUAUCGAUUGUCGAUUUCGAACGAAACAAUGUUCUAUCUGUGGAAACUAUAUUCAAAUAAAUGAAUUUGAUCGACAUCAAGAAUCUUGUGAAUCCACUACUCUUACAUGUUACCUAUGUAAAUGUCUUGUAAAUCGAGAAUCAUUGAAACAGCAUGCAAAGAAAUGUAUUGUAGGAAGAUUACAUGUCUUGCUUGAUCAAAAGGUAUCAUUAUGGGAUAUCCGUAGACGUCCGCCUGCUGUUCGAGUAGAACAAGGAAAUGUAAAUAUGUUCACUAGAUUAAAUAACCGAGUACGACGAUUCGCACUUAAUCAACGAAAAAUUCGUCUUGACGGAUUUAAUGCGGCUAAACGAAAUAUUAAUCUAAAAAAAGCUUAUCAUUUUGCAUUUGACUAUGUUAAGUCAUGA